AAACGCAUAGUUGAAUAUAAUAAUGAACGUCGAUAUCGACGCCGAUGUGAACUUUAACGCCAACGCCAACGUCGACGUCAACAUCGACGCCGACGCUUAAUAUCUCCAACAACGCCACCGUGAAGAGAACCAUUGAACGAAUUUUAUUCUUAUGCUUUUCUACGUUUACAUGUAUAGAGAAAGGCUUCGCAGCGCAUGCUGAAAGCUACAAUUAUCGAUCCAUUCGCGCCUGAGCUUUCGCAUUCAGUUCACAAGCUUUACGUACGUUGUUCAAGUGAAAUCGUCUUGCGUGCUAUAUAAUCAGACUAAAUCAAGUAUUUAUUUAAUAUUUAUUACCGAAUUUGUUGGCUAUAAAGGAUGCCACGCCGUAUGGAUAACACUAAAACAAUAUUUAUAUUCUGGUGUGUCUUGAAUACGGCGUUCAGCGUGCCUAAUUCGUCGAUACCACAAAAAUUAGAUGAUCAACCAUAUACGACACGUCGAAUGCCAAAAGUAUUCAUCGAUUUGCCUGUAUCCAAAACCAAACAAUCUUUGUUGGCGGUAAAUUUCGAAUUGAAGAGUACUACAACGAUGUCUUUGGAAUCAACGACACAUAGGUCAUUUUCCACGGAACAACCUUUGUAUCGUUUGGAUCGCAGUAAUGGACAAGCUUGCAUUCUCUUACAAGUAGAUGCUCUGAUUACGGUGAAAUAUCGAACAAAAUUCGGAGAUGAUGAAGAAGUGAGCAUUUAUGUUCCAAAUGAUGCCACUGUGACAGGCAAUUGUGAUAACGAAAAUACAGUGACGAUGUCACUUAAAUGGAAAGCAUUCUUAUUAUCAUGGAGUUUCGCAAAGACACCUGGUGGCGAACGAUGGUACGUUGAGAAAAUCGAACUUACAUAUAACUCGAGUGAUCGGCAUUUCGAACAUAUCGAUCAACCAAAUAAGACAAUAAGGUUGAGCACUGGACAAAAGCAUAGCUCCAUGUUGUUCCCGACACCAGUUGGAAAAUCGUACGCUUGCAGUGGUGAGACAGAAAUUCCAUUGACCGAUGGGAAAAAUCACGCGAAAUUGCUCCUCAGAGAUAUGAAACUGCAACCGUUUAAAUUCAAGAAUAACGAAUUUGCAGCGGAAUUCUCGUGUACAUCAUUAAGCGCACGAGGAUUUAGGGACGAAACCGCGCCUGUUGCGGUUGGCUCGACCUUGGCUGCUGCCGUUCUACUUACUAUUGCCGGUUACGCGGCCUAUCGUUAUUUCAAAGUGAAGAAAGUCAAGUAUGAUACUAUGGAAUAAGGGCUCUUUGGAAACGCUGCCUAAGACGAUGUAAUUUAAAAGACGACCAAUCUUUUCUACGAGAUCCUUUUCUCUAGUUGCGUAGUCGUCGUCGUCGUCGUCGUUAUACAACGGUAUUUUGCUCGACUGAUCGACAACGUCAUCGGUAUAAGCGUUCAUUCUUGAAUUUCAUAGAAUGUUGACGUUUAUUAGUUUACUCGCGUCGAGUUAUCCGACUGAAACAAGGAACAAGAAGAUUAGGCAACAAUAGAAAAAAAAACUUUUAUCCAAGAAAUAUCGUUUCCUUCUAAUUAUUACCCGAUUCUCUAACAAUCGUAAAAUUUUAUCGAAUUGUUUGGUUCGAAGCUAAUAUUGAUCGUAAAACAAAGCGUAGGCGUAUCGUGUCAAAUAGAAUUUCCUCGGUUUGUAUUUUUAGAUUGGUAUUAAAUUCUUCUUUGAAAAAUUUUCUGAUUCUUGCAAAAGAAUCGAUUAAAAUGCAUUAAAACAAUUGUAUAACAACUAUAUCGCGUAUUUCGAAUAAAUAUUGCAAAAUACGUGUUCGUGUUAAAUUCGUAUUUGCAAACUCUGAUGAUUGUAUCGAUAAAUAUCGAAUACUAAUCCACUAUUACUAUAGAUAUAACUAUAUAAUUUAACAUUAUUUAAGAGAACAACUCAGAGGAUAAAGCUUUAUAUGACAGCUUGCUUCCCGACAAGGUUUGCGUUUGUCGUAUUUUGCAAUCGCGAUGUGAAAAAUAUUGUUUUAGCAUAGUUAUAUAAGUCGAAAGAAAUUAAUCCUAUCUACGUUAUGAUAUAUAUUCAAAUUGGUUUCAUAUAUUCAAUUUUCGAUAAUUUGCUUAAUCUUGAUAUACAUAUAUCUCCUUUCCAUUAUAAUUGUAAAAUUAUACCAAACCUUCGAUGAUAUCUUUGGAAGCUUAAGAAAAGCAAGCCCUAAUUGGCAGCUGAUAAUGAGAUUCGUUGAAGAAACGAAUAGAUGUGCGUGGUUUUCAUCACAGAAACACCCCAUCUUUUGACAUCGGUCACGUGGUUCUAGUUUAAGAUUU